AUGGAGCUCCGAGUCUCUCACUCUCAUCCGGCCCACGCCCUGAUAUCCUCACCCCCGAAUGAUACCGCAGAAAAUACCAUCUUGAGGCGAACGAGCUCACAGUUUCUUAUCGCUCCGCCGGGAUUUCAAAUAACAAAUCCACUUCCUCAUCCCCUUUCCCUCAACGCUCCACGUGUGUACCGCGCGUUUAAACCUCAGGAUCGCCUCAACCAAGUUCGACUCAUGAAUACUUCUUACCGCGUCAUUCGAGUAGCUCAGUGGUUGGCCAAAGACUGUACGAAUAAACGAAAAACGGUGCCUAAUGCCACCGUCUCAAAGUUUGACGAUUCCUCAACAUCAACAUCUUCGGAGAAAUACUAUCUCUGCGGGUGGAACAAAAAUGGCAUUCAACGUUAUCAUCCAACAAGACCUCGAAUUCGACGUGUUCGAUUUGAUGUUUUCUUCUCUUCAAACCUGAUUAGAAGCGUUCACGGAAGAAGCACCCUCACAAGUCAAGUAAGUAUUCAUCCAACAGAAUUUCGAAAUCGACCGUGCGUUCGUUUAAAUAACCUCGUUCGAACGGUUCCGAAUCUUUGGAUUUUAAAGUCGUUGACGACAGCUGGCGGAGCCUGGCCAUGGGUACGUGUAAGUUUCUACAUAUUCCCUCAAACAAAGUUGGUUAGCCAGAAUAACUCUCCCACAAAGUACGUCCAUUGA